UGUUUAUUUCCAAAAAUAAUACGAAUAUAAAUUGCUUCUUGCAUUUACUUUUAAUAAAAGUAAUGCUAUGAUAUUGGAGUCCAUUUUUUCCUGCACGAAUCUACUUUUAACAUGUGGAUCUUCUAUUUAUAUUCUGAUAAGACACUCUUAUACACAAUAUUCGAAAUUUUUCACACAUUUGACUUGUGCUUGUGUCAGUAUUGCAAUGAUUGGUUCUCGAUCCUUGAUCGUUCUUUUGUACAAACUUUUCAUUAAGGAAUACUCCUUCGAUCCAGAUAUGAUGGAGAUAGAGGAAGAGAGGAACAAAGAACGAUUUAACAUUUUAGACGAGCUGCUUGGUACUUUGAGCAUGACGGGGUUAAUUUAUUCUCUAUAUUGUUGUCACGGAUAUUACAUACUCGGUGUCUGCGUUGUAACUAGCUUAUCAAUUUUUAACGUGAUCAAAUUAUACCACAUGAUAAAACAAUUAGAGGAAAUGGAAACGUCACGUUUCUACAAUACUUUACAACAACAAACAAAAACGAUAUCAAAAUUUAAUGUUUUCAAUUGGGUAAUUGUUGGAGGAUGUUUUGCAUAUGUAGUAGGUAACAAUUACGCGAUAGUGGCAAAUUAUCCUUUGCUCCUGGCAAAUUGGGCAAUGGUUCCAGAAGGAUUUUAUCAAGGAUGGACGAUAAAUCGUGCUAUUAAUGAUUACCUGAUGGCAACUUAUAUCAUGUGCAUGACAGAAGCUCUUCGACAAACGAGCACAUUAUAAUUAUACAGGAUGAUUCCUAAACUAUAAAGGCAUAAUUUAAGAACAAACAUUGGAAAAAAAUAUUAUAC